AUGGACUGCAGUGAUAAGUGCAAGGCGAUGGCCGAAUUGGUGAGGCACGACCGGAUUCGGUUGCCCCUCCGGCUCAACUCCUUUUACGAGUUGUAUAAAAGGUUCCUGAAGGAGCACGGAUGCAAAUGGCACGACGUCGCAAAGCUCCUCAAUAUGGUCGCGGAGAUACUCUUCGACGUGGACGGGGCGUGCACUAAAAUUUCGGGCAAGGUCAGUUUGGAAAAGAUUAAAAGUGGCCCUGUAAUUUUACUCUGA